AAGACGUUUCUUCUUCUGAUCAGUUACAAGUAAUACAUCAUCAGCAUCAACAUCUUCAUCUUCACCGCCCUGUCGUUCAUGAACUUGUAAGAGUUGAAGAAGAGAUCCUGAGAAUGCCGCCACCUAGGAAACGUUCUCCUCGUACUAGCAGACGGAGAUCAAGAAAACCGAUACCUCUGGUUGAGGAGUUUCUUGACGACAAGUCACCAAUUCGUCAUCUUUUCUUUCCCGGUAUGAAAACUGCUGCUUUUGGUCCAACCAAGGAUAUGGGAAACGAGACUUCGUAUUACUUCCCCGGUAAAAUUUGGAUGGACACGGAAGGGAAUCCAAUUCAAGCCCAUGGUGGAGGGAUUCUGCUUGACGAGAAAUCUAACACAUACUAUUGGUAUGGAGAAUAUAAAGAUGGACCAACUUACCAUGCUCAUAAGAAAGGACCAGCUAGAGUGGAUAUUAUAGGGGUUGGUUGUUACUCUUCAAAAGACUUAUGGACAUGGAAAAAUGAAGGCAUUGUACUCGGAGCUGAAGAAACAAACAAGACCCAUGAUUUGCAUAAAUCUAAUGUUCUUGAGCGACCCAAAGUCAUCUACAAUGAAAAGACACAAAAGUAUGUGAUGUGGAUGCAUAUCGACGAUGCAAACUACACUAAAGCUUCAGUUGGUGUUGCCAUUAGCGAUAACCCGACAGGUCCUUUCGAGUAUCUAUACAGUAAACGUCCACACGGGUUUGACAGUCGGGAUAUGACUGUCUUCAAAGACGAUGAUGGUAUUGCUUACCUAAUAUAUUCGUCUGAAGUCAAUAGCGUGCUUCAUAUCGGACCCUUAACGGAAGAUUACCUUGAUGUGACGCCUGUUAUGAAGAGAGUAAUGGUGGGACAACACAGGGAAGCUCCAGCUAUCUUUAAGCAUCAGAAAGUUUAUUACAUGGUCACUUCUUGGUGCACUGGCUGGGCACCAAAUGAAGCCUUGGCUCAUGCGGCUGAAUCAAUAAUGGGUCCAUGGGAGAAACUGGGGAAUCCAUGUAUUGGCNAAGAUGGACCAACUUACCAUGCUCACAAGAGAGGACCAGCUAGAGUGGAUAUUAUAGGGGUUGGUUGUUACUCUUCAAAAGACUUAUGGACAUGGAAAAAUGAAGGCAUUGUACUCGGAGCUGAAGAAACAAACAAGACCCAUGAUUUGCAUAAAUCUAAUGUUCUUGAGCGACCCAAAGUCAUCUACAAUGAAAAGACUGAAAAGUAUGUGAUGUGGAUGCAUAUCGACGAUGCAAACUACACUAAAGCUUCAGUUGGUGUUGCCAUUAGCGAUAACCCGACAGGUCCUUUCGAGUAUCUAUACAGUAAACGUCCACACGGGUUUGACAGUCGGGAUAUGACUGUCUUCAAAGACGAUGAUGGUAUUGCUUACCUAAUAUAUUCGUCUGAAGUCAAUAGCGUGCUUCAUAUCGGACCCUUAACGGAAGAUUACCUUGAUGUGACGCCUGUUAUGAAGAGAGUAAUGGUGGGACAACACAGGGAAGCUCCAGCUAUCUUUAAGCAUCAGAAAGUUUAUUACAUGGUCACUUCUUGGUGCACUGGCUGGGCACCAAAUGAAGCCUUGGCUCAUGCGGCUGAAUCAAUAAUGGGUCCAUGGGAGAAACUGGGGAAUCCAUGUAUUGGCGGUAACAAAGUUUUCCGGUUAACAACAUUCUUUGCGCAGAGCACGUAUGUGAUUCCGUUACCGGGUGUUCCUGGUGCGUUUAUAUUCAUGGCAGAUAGAUGGAACCCGGCUGAUUUACGGGAUUCGAGAUAUGUAUGGUUACCAUUAGUUAUCGGUGGACCUGCUGAUCAGCCUUUAGAGUACAAUUUUGGAUUCCCAAUGUGGUCGAGAGUGUCUAUCUACUGGCACAGUAAAUGGCGGCUGCCUUAAAGUCAUACAGAUAACCAA